CACCACCACCUUAAAUUCUUCACACUCCCCCAAUUUCUACCCCAAAAUUUCUUCUUCUUCCCACAAAUGGCGAUCAAGAAAUCUAACAGACUCUCUCAAGCAGCGAGCCUGAAACAAAUCCUGAAAAGAUGCUCGAGUUUGGGCAAGAAACACGGGUACGACGAAGACGGCCUCCCCGUCGACGUCCCCAAAGGCCACUUCGCCGUCUACGUCGGCGAGAACCGGAGCCGCUACAUCGUCCCCAUCUCCUUCCUCUCUCACCCGGAAUUCCAAUGCCUGCUCCGGAGAGCCGAGGAGGAGUUCGGAUUCGACCACGAAAUGGGCCUAACCCUUCCCUGCGAGGAGGUUUUUUUCAGAUCGCUCACUUCCAUGAUCCGAUGAAGGGACAAGAGUUUUUAUCCGCUGCUGCGCUUUCUCAAACUGUAUUAUACGUGUCGCCGCACGACACGACCAAGGCUUCGAUAAUAUUUCUCUGAUUUUUGGGGAGAGAUGGUCAAGAUGAAAAUUCAGCAGAGUAAUUCAUUGUUGCCUGCUUUUUUUUCUUUCUUUUUUCAACAUCUCUCUUCGCAUUUAUUUCUUUUUUUUUUUUUGGAGGGAUCUAUGAUUUCAGCCCUGUUUUCGGGUGGUUGUUUUUGUUCUAACAUUAAGACCCGUGAAUUUGUGGAUUUGUAAAGGAGGUGUUUGUGAUUUUUCCUCACAGAGGUGUUUGCUUACACCCUGCGAGAGAAUUUAACGUUAAUUCAACGACGGUUUCGACUA